AGACGCCGCCGCAGUUGCCGCCACAUCGGAGAUUUCUGGCUCUUUCCUCUUCGCCUUAAAUUCGGGUGUCUUUUAUGAAUAAUCAAAAGCAGCAAAAGCCAACGCUAUCAGGCCAGCGUUUCAAAACUAGGAAAAGAGAUGAAAAAGAGAGGUUUGACCCUACUCAGUUUCAGGACUGUAUUAUUCAAGGCUUAACUGAAACUGGUACUGAUUUGGAAGCAGUAGCAAAGUUUCUUGAUGCUUCUGGAGCAAAACUUGAUUAUCGCCGAUAUGCAGAAACACUCUUUGACAUUCUGGUGGCUGGUGGAAUGCUGGCCCCAGGUGGUACACUGGCAGAUGACAUGAUGCGUACAGAUGUCUGUGUGUUCGCAGCACAAGAAGACCUAGAGACCAUGCAAGCAUUUGCUCAGGUUUUUAACAAGUUAAUCAGGCGCUACAAAUACUUGGAGAAAGGUUUUGAAGAUGAAGUUAAAAAGCUGCUGCUGUUCUUAAAAGGUUUUUCAGAGUCGGAAAGGAACAAGCUGGCUAUGUUGACUGGUGUUCUUCUGGCUAACGGGACACUUAAUGCAUCCAUCCUCAAUAGCCUUUAUAAUGAGAAUUUGGUUAAAGAAGGGGUUUCAGCAGCUUUUGCUGUAAAGCUCUUUAAAUCGUGGAUAAAUGAAAAAGAUAUCAAUGCAGUAGCUGCAAGUCUUCGGAAAGUCAGCAUGGAUAACAGACUAAUGGAACUUUUUCCUGCCAAUAAACAAAGCGUUGAACACUUCACAAAGUAUUUUACUGAGGCAGGCUUGAAAGAGCUUUCCGAGUAUGUUCGGAAUCAGCAAACCAUAGGAGCUCGAAAAGAGCUCCAGAAAGAACUUCAAGAACAGAUGUCACGUGGGGAUCCAUUUAAGGAUAUCAUUUUGUAUGUCAAGGAGGAGAUGAAAAAAAACAACAUACCAGAACCAGUUGUCAUUGGAAUAGUCUGGUCAAGUGUAAUGAGCACUGUGGAAUGGAACAAAAAAGAGGAGCUUGUAGCAGAGCAAGCCAUCAAGCACUUGAAGCAAUACAGCCCUCUACUUGCUGCCUUUACUACUCAAGGUCAGUCUGAGCUGACUCUGUUGCUGAAGAUUCAGGAGUAUUGUUAUGACAACAUUCAUUUCAUGAAAGCCUUCCAGAAAAUAGUGGUGCUUUUUUAUAAAGCUGAAGUCCUGAGUGAAGAGCCCAUUCUGAAGUGGUAUAAAGAUGCACAUGUUGCAAAAGGGAAAAGUGUCUUCCUUGAGCAAAUGAAAAAGUUUGUAGAGUGGCUCAAAAAUGCUGAAGAAGAAUCUGAGUCUGAAGCUGAAGAAGGUGACUGAAUUUUGAAACUACACCCUCAGUAAAGCAAACAGGAGUUGUAGAUAAAGUGUCAUGUCUCAUGUGUCCUGGUUCUUACAUCUUCCUACCUCCCUAUAUCAAGCAUGAUAUAAGGGCUUUCAUGGCAAAUUUUAUUUUAACUGUUUCUGUGGUUACUGAAAAUGUUGGGUUUAGUUUCUACAACCAUGUUUUAAGUAGCUACAGGAGCUAUAGAUUUGAAUCUGAUGUUGCAUUUAUCUUUUCAGUUAUCUUCUACCUCCUGUAUUUUCUACUGUAAUAAUGUAAUUUAAGGCCUUCCACAGUGAACAGUUUACUUUAUUCCCUGGGUUUUCUAUAUAAACAGUUUUCAAGAUAUGAUUUGGUUAAAAACAAUUUGUUAUAAAAAUUCUGUUUGCAAAUUAAACUGUAAAAGUAUCCAAAGUCUCAAAAAGCAAUUGUGUGAUAAUUUGAUAUGAAAUGAAGAAGUGGCAUAUUUUAUGCCCAGAGCCCUAUCAUCAAUGAAAAUCUCAUACAUAAUAAUUGAAUUCAUUCACUUGAAUCUUGAGUAUUCAGACCAUUGCUGCGUGUUAACAUAUUUUCUUGCAUUUUAAGCUCAGUUGUUUGCUCUCUGGUUUUCAUUCUUAGUGAAACCAGGAAGAAUAAACUUGAAAGUGAGGUCUUUGAGAAAUCAUAUAUAGCAGAGAUGAUGGGAGGAAGAAAGUUGAGCUUUUUACCAGAGAAACUUUUGCAUUCAGUUGAUAUAGCUCCAUUCAAAACAUGGUGCUUCUAUUCAGACAGCCAUUUUCAAAUAUACCUUAAAGAAAUGUCUUGUCAUUCAAAGUAUUUAUGCUCAUAAUAGACUUAAUAGGAUUGAUAGGAAAGGAUUCAAAAAGGAAUGCAAGUAAAGGAAAUGACUGAAGUACUAAACCCAGUAAAAACUGUUCUAAGUGAGAUGAAGUAUAACUCACAUUUCUUAGUGACAUAGAGUAUUUGUUAUGAAGAAUGAAGUGCAGUGAUAAUGAUACAUUCCCACUUGGUCAUACUGGACUGGCUUCAUUCUCCUAACAUAUUCCAUAAUGAUUUGAGCAUCAGGCUAUUAACAUUCCCUAGUUGCCGUUUUUUAAUUGCCAUGAGCCAAACAUUGCAUCUAUAUCAUUGAUCCAUUUAUUUUAAUGGCUGCCUUUAAUUUUCAUCUUUGUUCUCUUGCUGCUACCCAUCUGUGUACGUAGUCAUUAAAUGUGGCCACAUUUUUGAUGGAAAGACUUCAUGUUAAAAGUGAACAUUUUGAAGGGGUUCUGAUUGGUGAAAGAAACUAGCCUGGAAUAAUGCCACCAAAGACUGAGUGGAAAUUACCCCUUUCUAAGGUGCCAUCCUUUUGAGCCAAGAAUUUAGUCUUUAAAAUUAAAAAUUCAUCUUGAGGGAAUAAUGUGUAAUAUAAUUUGAAAUAAAGAUAAAGUGACCAUAUGAAAAAAGCAUUAUAAUUGAUAACAUUGUAAAUGGGGUGAAUUUGUUAAAUGAAUAACUUUGAUAAAGUUUUCGUGUACAGGCAAAAUGUUAUUCACUAAGUUUCUACAUAGUGAUCUGCUUUUACUUUGUAAUUUGUAGUCCUCAAAAGGCUUUUUUUUAAAUAAAAUCCAUCCUUACACUUA